AUGGGCAAACACAGGCUUGUUGACCGCGCAACCGCAACCGCAACCGCCCAUGUGCCGCAUCCGCUAAAUCCGCCGUUACCACCACCACCACCACCACCACCAACACAAACACAGGCUCCUCCUUUACACGCGCCGCAUCGUCUCUUUGCACAUUCGCUGCAUUGUCCGCACCUCGGCGCGCUUCUCUCCCACGCCCUCUGCGAGCCCUGGGAUCCGCCCCGCAAGAGACUAAGGAAGAUGCCCAAGUCGUCGACGUUGUCGCUAGCCAUGAGGGGCAAGACCAAAGACAGCGGUAGCGCCAGCACCCCCAUGAGCCCAAAGAGCCCACGUUCACCCGACAUGCCUGAGGACCAGGACUUUGCGACACCCAAUGCCGCGUUUCACAACAUGCCACAGUCGCCCGCCUCGCCCAAGCCUCGCAAAGACUCCAAAAGCAUCUUUGCCAACUUCUCCGCUAACAAGUCGUCCUCGCGCCUGAACAGCCAGGGGAACUCUGCACGCCAAAAUUCCGAACAACCCACGCCUAGCCUGUACUCGAAUGGCCGCGGCGGUGCCUCAACACCAGACCUCGGCCGUCCUGUGCGCACUCCCAACUCCGACGGUAUGGUCCUACCAACCCAAACAACCAUGGUUUCGCUAACGAGAACAGACAACCGCUCAGAAGUUGUACGCCUAGACCAGCGCACAGGUUCAGGCCUGUCAAACGACUCAUCCGACCCCCACCCAGACUCCUCCAAACGCACCACAAUCAAACCAAAGAAGCAGGGCCUCUUGCCAAGGUCGAAAUCUAUCAAAGAAGGCGAGGCCGCAGGGUCCCGUACCAAGCUCAACAAGGCUCCCCCGGGGCAGCUAUCCCCCGACAUUGCAGCCUCGUGGGCCACGAAUGGCGAGGGGAAUGGGAUGCCUAUGAAGUCGGCACCAAUGGACAAAGGUCAGUCAUGGCGCCAUGCGGGCAAGGGCAGGCUUCGAACUCACUCAGCAGACCGUCAGGAUGGGUCGAAGCAAAUUCCACGCGACGACGACCAGAGAAGGGACAAAGCUGAACAAAUAUCCCUAGCCUCCAACUCGUACAAUUCCUACAACGAAAGUAAAGGACACAAUUUCAUUUCGAAGCUCGGUUCAGGGGCUCGCAACAUGGGAGAGAAAAUGGAUUCUGCACGCAAGGGCGUGUUUGGAAAACUGGGACGAAGCUCAAGCAACCACGAGAGCCAAACGCCGGUAACGAACGAGCCAUAUGUUUGCAAGAUUAUACAUAAGCCCUUGAUCGAGCAAACAAGAUUGACGCGAAUAUCAACGCGCUUGGAGCAGUCACGCGACAAGACGGAAUUUUGGAUGCCGGCUCUACCAUGGCGGUGCAUUGACUACUUGAACAUGCGGGGUUGUGAAGAAGAAGGAUUAUAUCGCGUUCCAGGUUCCGCCCAACAAGUACGGUACUACGAACGCAAGUUUGACGAGGACCGAGAUAUCGACUUGAUCAGCGACCCGAACCUCAACGAUCCCAAUGUCAUCGGUUCACUAUUCAAGAACUGGCUACGGCAACUACCAGAUGAAAUCUUCCCCAAACAAAUACAAGCAGCGAUCCAACAACAAUGUCAGGGCGCCAAAACGACACCACAAAUGCUCAAGGAUGAGCUAUCAAAAUUGCCCCCAUUUAACUAUUAUCUUUUAUUCGCAAUCACCUGCCACAUCAGCUUGUUGCACUCGUGCUCCGAGUUCAACAAGAUGAACUACAACAACUUGUGCAUCUGUUUCCAACCCGCAAUCAAGAUUGACGCUUUUUGUUUCCAGUUCCUUAUCCUGGAUUGGCGAAACUGUUGGCAGGGCUGCUGGACCGAGAAGGAUUUUCUAACGGAUGAGAUCAAUUUUCUCAAUGCCGUGGAAAGCGAGCAUCUACAGCAGCAACACAUGCAGCAGCAGCAGCAGCAGCAACAACAGCAACAACAGCAGCAGCAGCCGACACCUUCUCGAGGUGGUCCACUUCAAAACUCUACCAAGAACAAGGCGCAUUCAUCACCACACGUUGGGAAGCCUUCUACGACACGAAGUCAUUCGACUGACCAUAUCAAACCAUCAACACGAGGACUCUCAUCUGACAGGAGUGGACGCGCCACGCCCCCAAAUCCUUCGCUGGUUUUGUCGGAACCUUCAAGUAAUCCUAUUUUACGCAUGCGCGGUGGCUACAGCGAGCGUACAAGUUCGCCUGAACGGAUGAUUUCAUCUUCAGAUAGCAAAGAAGGUAGUGGUGGCGGACCAAAACGGCUCGCUCCACGUGCACCGCCGUCUGUAAACACUGAGACGUCCUCGAUUGACUACGACGAAAAUGCUACACCAACGCAGGCACAGCAUAGUCGUGGGCCAUCGGAAUCGACGCAAUUUCGAUUGGACCUCCGCGAUCCCCCCGGGUCACCUUUCAAUAUCAAGUUUUGA